AUGGCGAGUGCAACAGGGUACGGUGACGCAAACCAGAAGAUAGACUACGUCUUCAAGGUCGUUCUUAUCGGCGAUUCAGCCGUCGGAAAAUCUCAAAUACUAGCUCGUUUUGCCAGAAAUGAUUUCAGCUUGGACUCUAAAGCUACAAUCGGUGUUGAAUUUCAAACUCGCACUUUGGUUAUUCAACAUAAGAGUGUUAAGGCUCAGAUCUGGGAUACUGCUGGUCAAGAAAGAUAUAGAGCAGUUACAAGUGCAUACUACAGGGGUGCUGUUGGGGCAAUGUUGGUUUAUGACAUUACCAAACGUCCGAGCUUUGACCACAUACCUAGAUGGUUAGAAGAACUGCGUAACCAUGCUGAUAAGAAUAUAGUCAUCAUUCUUAUAGGAAACAAAAGUGAUCUUGAGGACCAGCGUGCAGUACCGACAGAGGAUGCAAAAGAGUUCGCUGAGAAAGAAGGUUUAUUUUUCUUAGAGACCUCUGCACUGGAAGCAAUUAACGUUGAGACAGCCUUUAUGACUGUUUUGACAGAAAUAUUUAACAUUGUCAAUAAGAAGAACCUGGCUGCUGAUGAGAAUCAGGGAAACGGCAACUCGGCAUCUCUGUCUGGCAAGAAGAUUAUUAUUCCUGGUCCUGCACAAGUAAUCCCCGCUAAGAGUAGCAUGUGUUGUCAGUAA